AUGUCGGAAUACAAGCUAUCCGCUUCUCUUGAAGGCCACAGCGAUGAUGUGCGCGCUGUGGCCUUUCCAAACAGCAAAUCGGUCGUAACAGCCUCGCGAGAUGCUACCGUUCGCAUUUGGAACCAAGUAUCUUCCCCACCACCGACUUACGAUUAUACUAUUUCCUCUCAUGGAUCGUCCUUCGUCAAUGCAGUUGCGUACUAUCCUCCCACCAGCGAGUAUCCGGAAGGACUCAUAUUUUCUGGUGGCCAAGAUACAAUAAUAGAAGCUCGACGGCCAUUAAAAGCUUCUGGCGAUAAUGCAGAUGCAAUGCUAUUGGGUCAUGGCCACAAUGUAUGCUCAAUAGAUGUCUGCCCUGAGGGUGGAUGGGUAAUCAGCGGAAGCUGGGAUUCAUCGGCAAGACUGUGGCGGAUAGGCAACUGGGAGGCAGAUGUCGUAUUUGAUGGCCACCAAGGGAGCGUAUGGGCUGUACUAGCCUAUGACAAGAAUACCGUUAUCACAGGGUGUGCUGAUCGCAUGAUACGCAUCUUCAAUACGUCGGGGAAGCUACUGAGAACAAUCAAGGAUUCUCGAGACGUAGUGCGAGCUCUAUGCAAACUACCUGCCGGUCAUCCUUCCGGUGCCCAGUUCGCCUCCGCGGGCAACGAUGGAAUAGCACGGCUUUUUACACUCAACGGAGACCUUAUUGGGGAACUUCAUGGUCACGAAAGCUUUAUCUACUCGAUAGCAGUGACCCCAUCUGGCGAACUCGUGACGUCAGGAGAAGACCGAACUGUCAGAAUAUGGAGAGGAAACCAAUGUGUUCAGACAAUCACGCAUCCCGCAAUAUCCGUGUGGAGUGUUGCUGUGUGCAAAGAAACAGGAGAUAUUGUCACAGGUGCAAGUGACCGUGUUGCUAGGAUAUUUACCAAAGACACAAGUCGGCAGGCUGAUCCAACGAUUGUCCAACAAUUUGAGAACGCCGUGAAGGAGUCGGCGAUCCCGCAACAGCAAGUGGGUAACAUCAACAAGGAAAAGUUGCCAGGACCUGAAUUCCUCAAACAAAAGUCUGGCACCAAGGAUGGUCAGGUGCAGAUGAUUAGGGAGGACAACGGCAGCGUCACAGCUCACACUUGGUCUUCAGCAACCCGAGAGUGGAUUGCGGUUGGGACGGUUGUCGAUUCGGCAGGAAGCUCUGGACGAAAGACCGAAUAUCUAGGACAAGACUAUGAUUAUGUCUUCGACGUGGAUAUCGAGGAUGGCAAGCCACCUUUGAAAUUGCCUUACAACUUGUCCCAGAACCCGUACGAGGCUGCUACGAAAUUUAUUCAUGAUAAUGAGCUACCAAUUGGGUAUUUGGAUCAAGUGGCCAAUUUCAUAACUCAGAAUACGCAAGGUGCAACAAUCGGCCAGGCGACAGACACACAGCAAGCAGCACCCGGUUCGGAUCCCUGGGGUCAAGAGAGGCGAUACCGCCCGGGCGAAGCUGCCGCUACACCACAACCUCCAUCAAUACCGGAGACACGCCAAAAUGUGCUUCCUCAGAAGAGUUACCUCUCAAUUAAGACAGCAAAUAUCAAAGUGAUAGCGAAGAAAUUGACAGAACUGAAUCAACAGCUUGUCUCUUCUGGAAGCAAAGACUAUUCCUACAACCCGACCGAAUUGGAUGCGCUCUUGACCUUUUGCAAUUACCUAGAGAAUACGGCUUCACUCCCCAAGGCUCCCGCUGACGUCGAGACUGGCAUACUAUUGGUUAUGAAGGCGGCACUCAAAUGGCCAUCUGCAAAUCGACUUCCUGGACUGGACUUACUCCGACUUUUAGCGGCAGCAACACCUGUGACUGCUCAAAUUCGAUUUGAGGGACAGGAUAUUGUUAAUGCAAUUCAGCAAAGUGGAGUAUUCCAGAGUCCUAUUAGUGUCAACAAUGCCAUGCUUGCCAUUCGCUUCUUCGCAAAUCUCUUUGAUACUCCUCUAGGUGGCGAUCUUGCUGCGUCGAAGUUCGACGAUAUUCUUCGAAUGGUCUCGUCAGCUACCACGGCAGCUAGUGCACCUUCAAACCGGAACGUUACGAUUGCUGCCACGACCUUAUACAUCAACUACGCAGUCUACUUUACUUCACAGAUGCGGGCCCAAAGUGCAGAAUCUGCCGAGAUUUCUCUUCAGCUACUUGAAGAGCUGUCCAAGAUCUUUGCGACUGAGAAGGACUCAGAGGCUGUGUAUCGUGGACUAGUGGCUCUGGGAACUCUUGUCGUAGCAUCCGGUGAGGAAGUGAGGAGUGCCGCAAAGGAUAUUUAUGAACUUGAUAAAAUCUUGAGCAAGGUCUCAAGUUCUAAUGCUGGACGCGAACCCCGAGUGAAGGGUGUUAUUGGAGAGAUUCGGGAUGCUUUGCGAUAG